AUGCAUCAUCUUUAUCCUGUGUCAUUUGUUAGCACCAUCAUAGGACUGUGUUUAUUCCAUUACAAUCCAGAAUCAAGGCCUAGUUACAGUCAUCCUGCUUUUCCUUCUAUUGGUAGGGAUUGCAGUGAUGUCAAAGGUAACGAUGAUAAUGAAGGCCAGAAUUCUGAUGAAAUAAAAGUUGAGGAAAAGGAA